AUGUUCAGUGUACUGUUGGCCCAAGUCUGGUACUGUAGCGGAAGGAACAAACCCAACUUUUCUCUCCCAAUAACCUUCAAAUGUAACCUCUCCACCCCUUCUCUUAAACCCCUAAUUGCAGAACCAGACCCAGUUUUCAAUUCCGUUAAGUACUUCACACUAGCCGCGGUCGCUAACCUCGACUCUGGCUUUGACUUCCUCAGUUGCGCCGUUGACGGCAUCGACGACUACGUCACUUUGCAAGUCGAUCUCGACGUCCAUCCUGGAGAAAUCUCCAUCUCCGAGAAACUUAGCAAAAACCCUCUAUGGAAUUGUGCCAGAAUCGUUGCCAUUUCCAUCAUGAAGAUACUUAACAUCCGAUUGGUGGGCCUCUUUCUUUCCCUCGAGAAAGGUUUGUCGUUGGGAAGCGGCCUCGAAUUGAGUGCCGCCAGUGCCGCCAUGGCAGCAGUCGCGGUGAAUGAGCUUUUUGGUGUCCCAUUGUCUAUGUUGGAUUUAGUCCUUACCAAACUCGAAUCGAAGUCCAAGGUCUCCGGUUACUAUGCUGAACCUCUGUAUCAAAGUAUGGAAUGUCUUGGUUCAAAGUAG